AUAUAGUUCAAAAGAAACGACUAAACCAAAAACUUCAAUAUGUUCAGUGCUAAAUACUUGAUCGUUGUGGCCUUGCUGGUAUUCUGCCUCUUCUGUCAAGAGGUUGUGGAGGCAAGCUUCCGCCACGAAUUGCAUAAGGCUGCUCACAAGGUCGAUAAGGUGGCUCACGCUGUUCAUAAGGCCCAGAAUGUGAUUGCGGCCGGUAGCGCUGUGGCUGGAGCUAUUGCCGGUGCCGCUGCUGCCUAGACUUGAUUUUUGACGACUGCUUACAUGGAAAACUGAACUUUAAACAACUUUAACAUGUGCUUACUUUAUAAACUUAUGUAGACCAAAUAAAAAAAAAAUAUUUUAGAUGCAUCAAA